AUGGCGAUAUGCGCGAUCGCGACCAUGCACGCCGUCGUGCACCACGGCUACCACCCUCCUCUCCACGCCCCGCCACCGCGCCGGCUCGUCCGCGCCGCCGUCCGCGGCACGGCCGGCGCCACCGCUGCCACGGCGACGGAGCCAGACACGCUGUCGUCGGCGUUCUGGGACUACAACCUCCUUUUCCGGUCACAGCGCGCCGAGACGUCCGCCCCCGUGCAGCUCCGCGUCACCGAGGGCGCCAUCCCGCCGGACUUCCCGGCCGGCACCUACUACCUCGCCGGGCCCGGCAUGUUCUCCGACGACCACGGCUCCAUCGUCCACCCGCUCGACGGCCACGGCUACCUCCGCUCCUUCCGCUUCCACCCUGACGACGGCGUCCACUACGCCGCACGGUACGUGGAGACGGCGGCGAAGACGGAGGAGAAGGGGGACGGCGCGUCGUGGAGGUUCACGCACCGGGGCCCCUUCUCGGUGCUGCAGGGCGGGCACAGGGUGGGCAACGUGAAGGUGAUGAAGAACGUGGCCAACACCAGCGUGCUCUGGUGGGGCGGCCGGCUGCUCUGCCUCUGGGAGGGCGGCAUGCCGUACGAGCUCGACCCCAAGACGCUGGAGACCGUCGGCCCGUUCGACCUGCUCGCGCUAGGCGACCGCGCCGACGGGGCGUCCCCUGCGCGGCGCCGCCUGGGGCACCGCCGGCGGCCCUGGCUGGCGGAGGCCGGGCUCGACGUGGCCACCCGCCUGCUGCGCCCCGUUCUCAGUGGCGUGUUCAGCAUGCCGCCCAAGCGGCUGCUGGCGCACUACAAGGUCGACCCCAAGCGCAACCGGCUGCUCAUGGUGGCCUGCAACGCCGAGGACAUGCUCCUCCCGCGGGCCAACUUCACUUUCUACGAGUUCGACGCGGGCUUCAGGCUGGUGCAGAGGCGGGAGUUCGUCCUGCCGGCGCACCUCAUGAUCCACGACUGGGCCUUCACCGACUCCCACUACGUCGUCCUUGGCAACAGGAUCAGGCUCGACAUCCCGGGGUCGAUGCUGGCCAUGACGGGCACGCACCCCAUGAUCGCGGCGCUGGCGCUGGACCCGAGCAGCCGGACCACGCCGGUCUACCUGCUGCCGCGCUCCACGGAGGCCGUGGCCAGCGGCCGCGACUGGACCGUGCCCGUCGAGGCGCCGUCGCAGAUGUGGUCGCUGCACGUCGGCAACGCCUUCGAGGAGGACAACGGCCGCGGCGGCCUCGACCUGCACCUGCACAUGUCGGGCUGCUCCUACGACUGGUUCCAUUUCCACAGGAUGUUCGGUUACAACUGGAAGAACAAGAAGCUGGACCCUUCCUUCAUGAACGCCGUAAAGACCAAGGAAAUGCUGCCUCGCCUCGUGAAGGUGGCAAUUGAGCUCGACAAGAGAGGAGGAGCAUACCGGAGAUGCACCGUGAAGAGAUUGUCCGAUCAGUGGAACAGACCGGCAGACUUCCCCGCGAUAAAUCCAGGCUAUGCCAACAAGAGGAAUAGGUUCAUUUACGCGGGUGCUGCCUCCGGUUCUCGCAAACUACUCCCAUAUUUUCCGUUUGACAGUGUGGUGAAGGUCGAUGUCUCGAAUGGGUCAGCGAGGCGCUGGUCAUCCGAGGGGCGCAAGUUCGUCGGGGAGCCGAUCUUCAUCCCCACCGGCGGUGGGGAGGAGGAUCACGGCUAUGUUCUUCUUGUAGAGUAUGCAGUAUCCGAGGACAGAUGUAACCUGGUGGUGUUGGAUGCAAGAAAGAUAGGGAAAAGAGGCGCACUUGUGGCAAAACUUGAAGUGCCAAAGCACCUCACCUUCCCAAUGGGAUUCCAUGGGUUUUGGGCUGAUGAAUGAAUGGCAAAAAUCGCAGCCACCGACUCUGAAAAGCAAUUGUCAGGCGAUUUUGAUAGGAGCGUAAAAUAUAUGUAUAUCCUGAAGGAUCCCAUAUCCUGAUCCGUUCUUAUACAACAACCAUUCGUAGGAGCUUGCGAAAUCUUGCAUCACUGAUGAA